AGAAGCAUGAUGACCGAUGAGACUGAGUGAAAAAUGCAUUGCAGUGAAAAUGUUACGCAGAAAGCAGACGUAAACCCAGCUCAGAUCAAAUUGAGUCACAAAAAAUGGAAAGCUCUUCACAAGAAAGCGAAGAGGAAGCUGAAAAGACAGGAAGAAGCCAGAAAACGCCAACAGGAAAUAGACAAAGAGGAAAAACAAAGAGAAAGCUCAGCAUCUUAUCAGAAAAUGUUGAAAGAAAAAGAAGAGUAUGAGUUGUUACAAGAGCAGCGUGAUGAGGCCGAAAGGGCAUAUCUCCAUAAGGUAUGGCUGGAGAAGGAGAGAUUAGCACAGGAGGAGUGGAGGAUCCAAAAGGAACGGGAGACUAAGGAAAAGGAAAAAAGAAUAGAAACGGAGAAAAAAAUUAAGGAGGAAUGGGAAGAAAGACAGAGAAAAGAGAAAGAGGAAGAAGAAUUGAAAGAAAAGAAGAAAGAGAAGCAGGAUGAACUCCUGAAGGAAGCCACAGCCAAUGAAAACAAG